CAUCCUCCUCCCGCUCCGCGUUGCCAGGCCAACGCUGCGGAGGAUGCGGAGGAUGCUGGCGGUCCCUGCGCCUGGGCAGCCUCCGCAGCGUGGCGGGCAGCGCGCCCCUCGCCUCUCCAUGGGGUGUGCGCCGCCGCCGGCACCCGGCCUGCCUCCACGGGCAGGGCUGCAGUCCCCGCAUGGCUGGGGACCGACCCCCUGCUGCAUCCCCCCCGGGAGCCCCGGGACAGGACGCAGCCCCCGUCCGCCGCCCCGGCACCAUGACCCACACGGACGGCACGCGGGGCAGCUCCCAGCCGCCGGCGCUCGCGGCCCACGAGCCGGAGUGCCAGAUCUGCUACAGCCGCUACGACGCCCGUGCCCGCAGACCCAAGCUGCUCCGCUGCGGCCACCGCCUCUGCGCCAGGUGCCUGCGCAAGAUGGUGGCGCUGGGGGAAGCGUCGCCCCGCCGGCUCUGCUGCCCCUUCUGCCGCCGGCACAGCCCGGUGCCCGGCGGGGACGCGCAGUGGCUGCAGGACGACAGCGAGGGGCUGGCGGGCCGUGAGGGGGCCCAGAAGCGGGCCCCCCCCACAACCCCCGAGGUCCUGCUCUGCCCCAGUGUGCUGGAGCCCCUGGCAGAGCCCUCGCCCAGCUCCGACUGCCUGGUCGUCACCAUCCUGCAGGUGCCUGAGGACGUGGUGCCGCCCGAGGGGCUGCGUGGGCUGGACGUGGUCCAGCUCUACCGCCCCAGCAGCCCGGUCGCGCUGCCCAGCCGCGGCCCCGCGCCCAAGGGCCGCUCGUGGACGUGGCGAGCGGCCCCGCGCUGCCUGCUGGGCACGCUCUGCCUCCUCUACUGCAGCUCCCUGCCCUUUGGCAUCUACCUCCUGCUCACUGAGCACCACAGCCUGGGCGCUGCGCUGGUCAGCCUCCUGCCCGCCUCCCUCCUCCUCUGCAUCUCCUACAGCCUCUGCCAGUGCCUGUGCCGGGAGAUUUUUGCCUUCCCCUCAUCCUGACCCUGCGGGGCCGGGCCCCGUGGCUGGGCCAAGGCGGCUUGGGGCACCUUGGAGCAUCGUCCCUCAGUAUGGGUGCUGCCACCCCACAGCUGCCAAGAGAUGGGUGCUGAGCCAGAGCGUGGAGGUGUACCUGGACCCAGGGCCAGCGGGAAAUGCCAGGCACCUGCCGUCUUCCUGUGCAGAGAGGAGCUGUACGGCAAGGCCGUGCACAACACCGCCGUCUUCUUCCUGCAGAGCAGCGCAGGCUUUGCCAAGAUGAAGCCCACGCCGCAGAGUGCCCGGCCCCGGCUGGGAGAGGAGCUGGGCUGCAGCCACGCCGCAGGGCGAGGGACCCACGCGUGGGCGGCAGGAGGAGCGGGCGGCCCCUUUGCCGCCCAAGCACAGAGGGAAGGAGCAGCCGGAGCUGGGACGCGCGCACGGGCAGAAGGACGGACGGAGGGACAGACGGAGGGACGGCCGAUGCAAGCGCUCGGCACGUGGCGCCGCGGCUGGAGGGGCCCCGGCAGCCGGCUGCAGCCCGGCGCUGGCAGGAGGAGCGCGGGCAGAGCCUGGGGGCUCCCGCGGCCGGACUGGCCCCAGCACAGCUCCGUGUCCAUAGUGUAAAUAGUUCUGUCCGUGGCGCCCGCGCUCCUCGCAGGGCUGCUCCCAUCGCACCCGCGUUUCUUUUC